AUGUCUACCCGGCUACAGGCCCGGCCGAUCAGAUACGACAAUAGCAACAGCAACAACAGCAGUGGGAGCAAGAACAGUAGCAACAACAGCAGUGCAAGCAAGAACAGUAGCAACAACAGCAGUGGGAGCAAGAACAGUAGCAGCAGCAGCAGCAGUGGGAGCAGGAACAGUAGCAGCAGCAGCAGCAGUGGGAGCAAGAACAGUAGCAGCAGCAGCAGCAACAGCAGUGGGAGCAAGAACAGUAGUAGCAACAGCAACAACAGCAGUGUGAGCAAGAACAGUAGCAGUAACAGCAACAACAGCAGUGGGAGCAAGAACAGUAGUAGCAACAGCAACAACAGCAGUGGGAGCAAGAACAGUAGCAGCAGCAGCAGCAGCAGGAACAACAACAACAACAACGACAACGACAGCGGCAGCGGCAGCAGCGACAGAAGCGACAGCAGCGACAGCAGCGACAACAGCAGCAGCCUCAGUGAACAGUCAAUGACUCUGCCCUGCUCGGAGGAUCAAAUAAUUGAUCCUGCAUCGCAGGGAUUUGCGAGGCUUUGGCGCGGACAGUAUCGCUAG